CUUGUAUAAUAAAAGUGUCAUAUGUGAGUCAGGUUGUAUUGCGUUGCAGACAGUCACAGGCCCUCAGACUCACAGUUAUGGCUGGUAAAAGAGCUCUGGUGAUUCUAGCGAAGGGCGCGGAGGAGAUGGAGACGGUGAUCCCGGUGGAUGUCAUGCGCAGAGCGGGGAUUGCUGUUACAGUGGCCGGUCUGGCAGGUAAAGAGCCAGUGCAGUGCAGCCGUGAUGUCAUGAUCUGCCCUGACUCCAGCCUGGACGAUGCCCGCAAACAGGGUCCAUAUGAUGUUGUACUUCUGCCUGGAGGUUUGCUCGGGGCUCAGAACCUUUCUGAGUCUCCCGCUGUGAAAGAGGUGUUGAAGGACCAGGAGGGCAGGAAGGGUCUGAUCGCUGCAAUCUGUGCAGGCCCGACGGCACUCUUGGCUCACGGUAUCGCAUAUGGCAGCACAGUUACCACCCAUCCAGGUGCCAAGGACAAGAUGAUGGCUGGUGAUCACUAUAAAUAUUCAGAGGCUCGAGUUCAGAAGGAUGGUAACGUGAUCACCAGCAGAGGGCCGGGAACCAGCUUUGAGUUUGCUUUGACUAUAGUGGAGGAGCUCAUGGGUGCAGAGGUUGCUUCCCAAGUCAAAGCUCCACUCAUCCUGAAAGACUAAUCAUCAAACUGUGAAGAUCUGCGCUGUUUAAAGUCACCUUUACAAUCGUAAUGCUCUGCCAACCUGAAAGGGAGUUGAAUUUAAUUGGUUUAAAUUUUCCUGAUGUGUAGGAACAUGAAUAUUUAAUGAAAUUGCUUAAAUAUAUAUUUGAAGAGAGUUGCUGCAGACUGGCAAUCGAUAACCUAAAUGGCUUUUUACGGCUUUCUGUAAAGUUGAUUCCCAGUUCUCUUGCUUUGCACUUAUUAACUUCUGUACCAGAAUAAAAUAAUAGUGCACUAAACU